CAUACCCGGAAAUGAUGAAUGGUUGCGGGAUUAAAAUACGCAAGAGCGGAGAGGGUGCUUGUGCAACCUUUUUUCGCAAAAAUGGUCUGUCAGUUCUACUUUUUUGUCGGAUUUUUAAAUACAACCGGGAACAAACCUUAUGACUGAGAGGAGAACUAAACGGUUUCCAACUGUUAGGGUACUGGUCCUGUGUCUUCGAGACGCAUUAGAUUAAAAAAAAAAAAAAAAAACAAGAAACGCACUGCGGGUUUGAUCAAUGAAAUUGGAAGCCGCAUUUUGAGAAUUAUGUUCACUUUCGUUUUGCUGAGACGCUAACAUUUAAAUAUAACAGCCGAAUAAUAAGGGCGAAUCAAAGUGUAUAGCAACCCAUCACCAUGCAUAAUGGACGGAAAAAGAAGCUGACGUUUUUUACCAUUGGACUCAUCUUUCUGUUGAGCGGCGUGGAGUAUGCUGUGAUACUCCCCACUAUAUGGAAGUAUUUGCAAACAUUAGAGGCGCCAUCAUAUUUCCUGGGUUUGGCCCUAUCAGCAUUCAGCUUUAGUGGUCUCAUUUCGGGACCACUGUUUGGCCACUGGUCUGACAGAACGCAAACCACGAAAAAGAUAAUUUUUUUUGCCAACCUUUUUGAGAUUGUGGGUAACUUCAUGUACUUUAUGGGCUUUUCCAAGUGGCUCCUACUGUCCAGCAGACUCGUGGCAGGCAUUGGUACAGGCGCCGGCUCAUCCAUCUUUGGUUUGUUGACAAGAAGCACAGCCCCAGAAGAUCGCUCCACUGUGUUUGCUGCAGUCAUGGUGUGUCGACAAGUGGGCCUUGUGAUUGGUCCAGCAUUUAACAUCUUCCUGAGACUUUUUGAUUUUCGUCUGGGUCCUUUUGUUGUCAAUGCAUACACCGCACCAGGGUUAUUCAUGUGUUUUUUGUGGAUUCUUCUUCAAUUUGCUGUGUUCUUCAUGUACUGGGAUCUCCCACCUCUGGACAGAGGACAGGACACUUUUAAAAAGUGCAGUGAGUUGGGAAAUGAAAAAAAGAUUGCAGAAGAGGAAGAUGAGGAGGAUGACGAGGUCCACCCACUAAUGCGACCUCAGGAGCUGGUGGGAUCCUACGGCUCUGUGGUUGGCGCGGACUUGCACAAGAAUCACUCUACUGCAACUUCUAAUGCAACCUUGAAUGAAAUUACUCCAUUUCCUGAGCCUUCAGUAUCCCACGAGUCCUCCAGUCCCUUUACAUACUUAAGUCUCUCACGUGAGUUCCUGCGAGAAGAAGUGCUUGUGCUGCUGACUGCUCAGUUUAUCACCCUCUUUAAUCAAACAGCACUUGAGACCAUGGUGACACCACUAACCCAAAGGUAUUUCAACUACGGGGAAUUGGAGAACAGUAUCAUGUACUCUAUCUGUGGCGUGGAAGUGAUUGCUGGCUUCCUAUUUGUGCGCUGGUUGAGCCAGCGUUUUACUGAGCGAGUAAUUCUGGCUAUCGGCCUUGGCAUUUGCAUCAUUGCUGCUGCCUGGUGCCUUGUCUUCCUGUCCAACCCGCUGGGUGGUUUCCCAUGGCAGCUGACAGAGUUUAUCAUAGGCAUGUUUCUGCAGCUUCUGGGUCUGCCAUUUGUAGCUGUUUCCCAGGUUUCUCUUUUCUCCAAAGUUACCUCUGUAAAAACACAAGGUUUCAGUCAGGGGGUGCGUCGCUCAGUUGGAGGUCUAGCGACCAUUCUGGGCCCGUUGUGGGCUGGUGGGCUCGUUAAUAACCUACAUAUCAUGAUGGGUGUAAUGAUGGCACUGCUGGUACUCAUAACGAUGAUGCUAGUCUUCUCUUACAAGCGGCUGGUUGAACCUUGUCAAGAGGACGAAGCAGAAAGCGCCAACUGCUGUUAAUUUAGCUGGUGAGGUGGUUUAGCGAUGAGUCAAUGAAUAGAUUAUACUGUAUUUUUUUGCUUCAGUAGAAAUCCUGUUCAUAUCCUGGCCUCGCCUUUGUGGAGUUUGCAUGUUGUCCCUGUACUUGCAUGGGUUUUCUCCGGGCACUCCGGUUUCCUCCCUCAUCCCAAAAGCAUGCAUUAAUUGGAGUCUGUAAAUUGCCCCUUGGUGUGAUUGUGAGUACAACUGUUGUCUGUCUUUAUGUGCCCUGCAAUUGGUUGGCAACCAUUUCAGUCCAGUUCACCCCGCCUCCUGCCCGAUGACAUCUGGGAUGGGCUCCAAACCCUUGUGAGUAUAAGCGGCUCAAAAAUGGAUGGAUGGAUGGAUGGAUAGAAAUAGUCCUCUUCCCCCCCUGAGAGGUAGCCAUCAAUUAUGCCUGUGCGCCAUUUAUAUACUAUCUUAAGUGUGAAGAUGGCUUGGAUUUCCCAAGUAGAUUUUAUCUCAUACUUUUUUCCCUUUGUGCCAAGGAAAAGCAGAAGGUUCUGUUUUGAACCCCAAGGUUCCUUGUUGCAUUACCCUUGCCUCGUACCACAGGGCCCAGUCCUUCAACAACUUUGCACACAAAUGAAGAUCAAAGGACUUACUUGGUGACUAUGUACAUUUCCCAUGGAAAUUUUGAAUCCAGCUGACAUUAUGUGUCCAAUUGUCAUUUUGUGUGCACUAACAAUGUCAAUAAUUGUUUCCUGAUUUAAAUUAUGGGUUGAAAAAAUCUACAGUGUAUGACAUACAUGACCUUUAUAUAUGCCUGAUGUAUAAAUUGGUUAAUAUAGGAAUAGGAUAAACUGCUGUAUUGCUUUCAAGUUGGCAUAACAAAAAUUAUUUCUGGUUAUGAUGUGGUACCUAUAAUUGCCACUAGUGAGCACACUUGGACAACUAAAGUGGCUGACAAUGUAACUUCAUGCAAGUGUAAUUUUUGCAGUGGGCAUUUAGUUGUAUGUGCAGUUAAACAUAUUGCUGUAUUCAGUUAUUUUCCAAAGUGAACAUUUUAAUAUUUAACAAUUUCAAUUAGUCCCCCCAAAAAAUCCCCAAAUAUUGUGAUCAGAGAAAUUUAAUUAUUAGCUAAAUUGUGUUUUUUAAUAACCCUUAAUGAAUGUUGAUUAAAAUAUUUCAGUGCUUUCAUUUUAUAUGUAGCUAUCAAUCUUGAUACAACUAACCAUAAUUGCUGUUUUUUAUUCAAACAUAAAGAUAUAAAUUAUUAAAAAAAUAUUCUUCCCUUGUAUCCUUAUUUUUAAGUUGAAUUUAAAUAUACACAACAUAAAAAACACAUUGCGAUAACAAAUUAUCAGAAAAAACAGAACAAUAUACAGUAUGAAGUAAAUUCAUUUAGCUAGAUUUUAUAAUCCAUACUUUUCUAUAUUCUUUAAUUUGGUUCAUAAAUUGCAAGAAAAAAGUACAAAAUGUAUUAUAGAAAUGUUCUAUCCUUGCUGAUAUCAUUGAAUAUAUCGUUAUACUGCAAUUCAAUAUUUUUUUAAAUUUCAUCAUUUAUACUGUAUUUUUGAAAAUGAAUACAUUUCUUUGUUAUAUACAAAAUACAAAUGAGGCCCAUGUGCGCACACAUGCGCACACACGCACUCACACACACACACACACACACACACACACACACACACACACACACACACACACACGCACGCAUAGGUGAAAUAUUAUUAAUCAUAUAAAAGAAUUUGGAUACUUAGGGCAGCUGUGGCACAAACCUUUCAUCGUGUAGCAGUCUAAUGCAUUAUUUACAGAUUAUGCAAUUAUUGUUUUGUGAGAGCAUUUAUUUAGAGUUUUUAAAAUUUCUGCUUUGAAAUAAAAUAAUGAUGCUUUUUUGUAAUUGUGUAAAACAAAAUUGCAGUUUCCAGCAAUUCUAAAAUGUUGCUGUGGACGAAGGCCCACUGGGUGUCAUUACUGUGUCAGAACUGAAAACGAGCGACAAGUUGAGCCGUUUCUUGCCCAUGGCGAAGCGUCGCCCGCCUGGUGUCAUGAUGGCGAGUGGGUGUGGCUUCAACCAUGAACUCCAGUUGAACUUGUUUUAUGUAGGGCGGUGCAGAUUCUGAAAUGUCACCAGACCAAAUAGAGAUAUUUUGAGCUUUUGCCUCUACUUGUCCACACCCCGCAAUCUCAAAAGGUCUCCCCCCCCCUAAACACAACCAUGCACACACAGACACACAAAGUCCAAUCACACUUGGCCUCCAGCACCAAUCUGACCGAACAGCGACCCUGCAUAUCAGGGUCAGAGGUGUAGAACACGUCAAGUGUCAUAUCAACAGUAGUCGAGCAAUGUUUGGUUCCUUGUUUUCAGCCAAUGGCAGGGGUAGUUUCAGGCAUAUAAGGCCAGCAUCGACAAUAAAACAGACGUGAACUUUCGGUGAACUGUGUUUUUCUCUAGGAGGGGAAUGAGGGCAUGCAGAGUUUAGUAGGGCUUGAGUAUUUUUAUUGUUUUUUUUUUUUAAAUUAUCUUCCGGGCUUCGUUAAUGAUUUGCCUGGGAUAAAUUUCGGUGAUGUUCUGUGCGUGUGAUGCUGACAUUGUGUAGCCUCACAUCACCGUGGGUAUAACCAUACCGGCACAUCAUAAUUUCCAUCCAUUUUUACUUUUUUUACGUGCACUGCAGCGUCCAUCGGGCACGAAGUUGAAGGUUCAAGAAGGAUACACUUCACAACACUUUCAUGACACUAACCGAGAUGGGAAUAAAUAGCAGUAUACUUGAAAUCUUGAGCAUGAAAUGUCAGGCCGGUAAAAUAUUUAGUUGCAAGAUUGUGUCACACAUUCCUUUUUGCAAAUGUGUUCCAUUACAGAGUCAAAUCAAAAUGGUGGCACCAGCAAAAAACCUGUGAAAGUAUGCGAGUGUCCGUACGAUGGGCCGUUUGGAUCAAUAAAACAUGUAGCGCUGAAGAGGUGCACUGUCUCAAAAACAAGAUGCUGAUGGGUCUUAAAAGAGUGGAUAAGAAUAGUGGUUAGGGGUGCAAUAACAAAAGCUCCUACUUUGCAUGGGGGCUAUGAUGGUAAGAGAUGGAGACGAGUCUUAAUUUAAAAUUUUAACUUAAGUUCCAGGUUUAGUUAUUUUAAAAAAUUGUCUCUAUAAACUUUUUUCGUUUUUUUUCCCCCACUGUUUUGUAAUGCUCCCCCUGACUCCGAGUGAAUAAAUAAUGAAAUAUGUGCAACCUACAGCCAGUACUGAGUGAAAUGCAAACUGGUCAGAUACUCUUGCACUGAAUUUGCCAAACCCGUCACGCUUCAGUCAUACUUUGCUUGAAAACCCCCCAUCUUCAAUAUUUCAAAGAAAAUUAUACUUUGGAUGUGAAUGCUAAGUUAUUUAUUUAUUUUUUUUAUUUUUUAACCUUUAACCCCUUUCUUUGUGUGGUUCUUUCGGAGGGAAGAACAGACCUUGAUACUUCAGUAGGAUUUGAAUUCAAACCCUGACCCUCUUACCAGCUCUAAUCCAGUUUCUGUAAUUUUUUAAUCCAAAAGUGUGCAUUUAUAUUUUGCCUAGUUGAGAUAAUUUUGCUUUCAUUUAAAAAAACUGCACUGCACUUUUGAAGCUGACGUUCACUCACGUAAGCCUUUUGUUUAGAAACACUAGGGAUGAGGGGUGGUCUUUAUUGUAGUCUUGUGAGUUUUUUUGUUUUUGUUUGAUUUAUUUUGCACAACGGUAGGUUUUCAGAAGCACAGGUUACCACGUUUCUUUAAUGAAAAUCCUCAUCCAACCCUCUUUAUAUAGAUACAGAAAAGGCUCGUGCUAGCCAAUAAUGCAGCAAUAAGACACAUUUACUCAUUUGUCUUAUUUUCAAAAGUACAGUACUCAUUACAAUUUCAAGCAGGCCCCCGAAGUCACCUGUUCAAAUUAUUUGCAUAAUAAUUUUACUUUGACCAUUUUAAUAUCACUGUACUGCAAGUUGCUUCCUUUUCUCCCAAGCAGUCUGGAUCAAUUUACCUCUCACCAUGAUAUUGCAUCAUAACAGCUUUAUUUGAGAGUACUGUAUGGCCUCAAGGUUAGGGAUUAGCACAUUUUAUACCAAAUGCAGUUUUCCAGAAAUCACUGGAAUAAUACAAUGAAAAUGUUUUCAAUGUUUAUCCAACUUCACAUAUUGUAUGGACUUUUCUAUGCCACAUGUUCUCAUUUGUGUUGUGGGUGACUUGUAAGCCAUUGCCAGCUGACAUUUAGUGAAAGAUGACCCCGGAAUGGUUGUCAGCCAAUCACAUAUGAAUAUGGAAAACAAUAACUACAAUUUUCUUAUAUUUAAUAAAAGGAAAGUUCAAUUAUUUUUCAUAUUGUGACGAUAAUAAAAUUUUUUACAUCUUGACAUCAUCAGACUAUGCCACAUCGUUGGUUCCCUUAAAAUGUGCAAUAUAAAUAUAAUUGUUGUCGAGGCCAUUGUUGUAGGCCUUGACAUUACAAGAAUGACCACUUCCAAGAUUCAAAUUCAUCAUAGUGAAUUACCUACUUAUCAUAUUUUUAGGGCCCCCAUAGCUCAGUGGUUAGAGCAUUGGUUUGAUAAACUCGGGGUCAUGAGUUCUUAUCCCACUCGGCUUCCACUCCCUAAGAGGUUCGCAUCAGGAAGACCAUUUCGUGUAAAAAUUGUGCCAAACAAAUAUGUGCGUUCAUCUGAGAUGACAUGCUGAGGCGACCCCUAAUGGGACAAGCCGAAAGAAACUUACUUAUCAUAUGAUUCUUUUGAUCAAUUUGCAAUUAGCAAGGCAGCAUCAAAAUACAAAAAAACAAAACAAGAUUUCCAACCAGGAUGCGAACACACACACACACACA